UUUUAUUUUGAAAUCAGUCCCAUUUCCGGUGUCCUCCUGCUCACCCCUGCACACUUGCCUCAGUUGGGGUUGUUAGAUGAGGCUGAGGGACGGGAGUGCCCCAUUCACACUCCCUUUACAUUUACGCACAACAGCGGAUCUCCCAGGAAGGACAAAUGAACAGGACACGGUGGAUGGAGACAUAUGUGUGAUAUAAAAACCAGCCCGGAUGCGUCUGCUCGCUGCACUUAUCGGGGAAAACUAUGACUCUUUUAAACGACUAACGAUUUGGGAUACUGUUUUUACUUUUGCGUGCAUCUAAACCGGUCGUUCAUUCAUUCAUUUAUAAAAAGGUGCUGCACCCGUCUGGUUUCACAUAAAACCGUCCUCUCCUCUACUGUCUGCUUUUCCCUGGUGAGGAUGGAUACCCGGCAAUCUUCCUCCAGGUACCCGCUGCUGGUGCUGCUCUGCGCGGUCUGUGCGCUGUCGGGGACCCGGAGCCCCGUGGCUGCUGCGGGGAGGAGCUGCGCCGACACCCGGCAGGUGUACGCGGAGAAGGGGUACAGCACUGGCACCGCUCCGCUGACUCAGAUCUCUGGUGAGCACCUGCGGCUCUGUCCUCAGGACUACACCUGCUGCUCCAGUCAGAUGGAGGAGACGCUGGCCCUGCAGAGCGAGAGGGACUUCCUCAAAGCUGUCGAAGAGAACAGCCAGUUCCUUCUGACUACUUUUACCCAGAGACACCGCAGGUUUGAUGAGUUCUUCAGAGAGCUUAUAGACUUAUCGGAGAAGUCUAUGAACCAGAUGUUUACCAAGACCUACGGCCGGCUCUUCACGCAGAAUUCACACGUCUUCCAGGAGCUGUUUGUGGAGCUGCGCAGAUAUUAUUCUGGGGGCAGCGUCAGUCUGUCAGAGGUUCUCUCAGACUUCUGGUCCAGACUGGUGGAGCGAGUCUUCUCUCUGGUUAACCCCCAGUAUCAGUUUAGCGAGGACUACCUGGAGUGUGUCAGCAAACACGCCGAACAGCUGCAGCCGUUUGGGGAUGUGCCGCGCAGACUGCGCGUACAAGUGUCGAGGGCUUUCAUUGCAGCCAGAGCUCUGUCUCAAGGCUUGGCUACUGGUCGGGAUAUUGUUAACAAAGCAACAAAGCUGACUGCAGAUUCAGAGUGUGUGCGUGGCCUGAUGCGUCAGUGGUACUGCCCACUGUGCCGAGGCAUGCCCUCCCUGCGGCCCUGCCACUCCCUGUGCCUUAACGUGAUGAAGGGCUGCUUAGCCAAUCAGGGAGACCUGGACACCGAAUGGAACAAUUUCAUUGAUGCUCUGUACCUGGUUUCAGAGAAGUUGGAGGGGCCGUUCAACAUGGAGCUCGCAGCCGACUCCAUCUCUGUGAAAGUGUCAGAGGCCAUCAUGCACAUGCAGGAAAACAGCGUCAGCAUCUCCACUAAGGUGUUCCAAGGUUGUGGAAGCCCUAGGCCGACUCCAGGACGCUCCAAGCGUUCCCCCAAAGAGUCAGGGGGUAACAGGAGACCCUUCCGCACCUACAGCCCUGAGGAGAAACCCACCACUGCUGCAGGCACCAACCUGGACAGACUGGUUACCGAGCUGAAGGAGCGGCUGCGGCCUAUGCGUGGCUUCUGGGUGUCCCUCCCACACACCAUCUGCAACGAUGAGAAGAUGGCUGCCGACGUCACUAAUGAGGACCGCUGCUGGAACGGGCAGACCCGAGGGAGGUACCUGCCGGAUGUGACGGGCGAUGGGCUGGUUAGCCAGAUCAACAACCCGGAGGUGGAAGUGGACAUUGCCAGGCCGGAUGUGAGGACCAGACAGCUGAUCAUGGAGCUGAGGGUGGUGACCAACAAACUGAGACACGCUCAGAGUGGACAGGACAUGGAUUUCAUGGACAGUGAGGAGGGCAGUGGCUCAGGAGGCGGAGAUCAGGGUGAAAGGUACAAUGAUUGGCCCGGCUAUGGGCCGCACUCCCCGCCCUACAACAACAAACCCCCACGCAACCCUGUCUCCAGUCCCGCAAAGCCACCAAGAGUCAGAGAGAGAAACGGGUCCAAGUGGAACAGAAACAACGGUCACGGACGGGUCAGAUCUGCAACCAGCCAGCUCUCUUUAUCCCUGGUUCCUUUGUUGUCUUUGCCUUUUGUGGUCACUGUUGCCCCCAUGUGGAGAUAGCUGGUUAUUACAGUCUGGAGGUGGAGGUUAUCUGUCAUGCUGGAGUCUCAAGCACAUUAUGAAGAAAGAAAAAGUCAUUCCAUUUGGUUACACCAGCAGAAAAAAAAGACAAAACAGGCUAAUUUAGCAAUAAUCAAAAACCUGUUUACAGCACAAAUAAAAAAAGUUAAAGUGAAUAUUUUUCCUACUCCCCAGCCAUAAAAGAGGCAUUAUUGUAUCAGGCAUUGAUGAUUACAAACUUAAUAAGUACUGCCAUUUUUUAGAGCCGUUCAUUUGACCUAUUGGAGUCUUGAUGCUGGAUGGUGACUAUGAAAGAGAAACAAAAAGCACAACAGCAGCAGGUGAAUUCACAGCAUGUUUGGGUGAUGAAGCUCGUGGUCUCGUGGUUUGGUGGUCUGUCAGAUGGAGAUCAGUCGUGCCGGUUAAUAACCGUGUGGUAUCCGUGAGCAGCUGAUUCGAUCUGAGUGAGUUUGUUUGCUGCCUUUCUCAUGAAAUUAAGUUCAUUAAUUCAGUUGAUCUUGGUUUCAGUCCGGUUGUGGUUUAUUUUUCAUCUUGUGGAAGUAGUGGGAAUUUAAUUUACUCGCUUAAUUAAACCUCCGUAUUUUGGCUUGGAGACUAAAGAAAAGUCAAUAGUGUGACUCUUGAAACCAAACAAGGGGCUUAUUUUGAAUGUACCUAAUUAAUUUGCAGUUACUUGUGACGACAAGGGGUUUAUUAAUGUAAUAUAUUGAUGUUUUUUAUUUAUUUGUAAUAUAAUAUGUCAUUGUUCUUAUCUGAUUUUUAAGGCAAGGGUCGAGUGUUUUUAUCUUUUAAAAUAAGUGUUUGUCUUUAACUUUCUCUGGUUUAAAAUAAGGGGAAAAAUCAAGUUGUAUUUAUUGAUACUUUAUGUACACCAAUUAUUUUAAAAUGUUAUUGAACCAAUCACAGCAAAACAUUUAAAGGUCCAGUGUGUAGCAUUUAGUGGCAUCUAGCGGUGAGGUUGGACAACACAUUCUCACUCUGACCUCGUCACAUUUAUGUACAGUCUCUUUCAAAAUAAACGCACCACGUCAGUACAACACCGCAAAUUGACAUUUUUUUUCCUUCAACAACAAAAACACGUGCUUAGGUUUAGGUAAAAAAAAAAAAAAAAAGGUUUGGCUUAUGAAUCUUACGGGACGCAAACACUGCUCUCUUGGGUGAAAGUAGGUGUUUGUCGGACCCACCACCUCUUCCACAUGCUCCAGUCGGACUUUCGCUGCAUUAACUUUCGUCCUUUUGUCGUCAUUUUCCCCUGACACUGCUGGAUGCCGUUAAACUAUAACGGCAAUUGGCCGCAACUCAUGCAGAUGUUAAAAGAUACCUUUUUCAUUGGUUUCUGACUCCACAAGUCAUUGCCCAAGCGCCAGAUUUCAAUGACUUCGGAGCCAUGUGCCAAGUGUGUCAGAGUGCCACAGUGGCCGAUGCAAAAAUGUGAAUGGCUCUAUCUAGAGCCACUGUUUGAUUUGUCCAUUCUGGGCUACUGUAGAAACAAUAUGGCGGACUCCAUGGAAGAGGACCCUCUCCAUGAGUAGAUAUAAACGGCUCAUUCUAAGGUAACGAAACACAUUUCUUAUUUUCAGGUGAUUAUACGUUAAAGAAAACAUAGUUGUGAAUAUAAGUAUAAUUUUUUGGCCUGUUGAUCAUAAAUCCUACACACUGGACUGGUAUUGUAAAAUAUUGGGCUACAAGAGCGGCGUUUUUAGCCGUAACCAGAGAUUGUUAAGGAGCAGUGUGUGUGAAUGUGUGUGUUUGUAUGCUGGUUUUAUAUUGUUUGUUGUAUGUUCUGGUUUCAAGGUUCUGAGGUCAUGUUGAGAAGAUGUUUGGGAUGUUUUUGUAAUACCGUGCUUUUCUACUUAUUUUUCCUAAAAGCAACAAAAGAUGAUGUAAACACUGAGGGAGCUCAUGUUGUGAUGUAAAAUUGGACUGAAUGUUGACGGAAAGAGACGAAUGCUGUCAAGAACCAGGAAACGAUGGCUCUUAAUUUUCAUAUGCUGAAUGUGUUUUGAUGACGAGAAAAACAAGGAAUAUUCAAGAAGGAAAAACAAAAACUUGAGGAGGAGUGGUCAUCCAUGAACAGAGAGGAGGAGUGGUCAUCCAUGAACAGAGAGGAGGAGUGGUCAUCCAUGAACAGAGAGGAUGAGGAGGAGGAGGGUGAACUAAAAAGAUUUGUUUGACAUUUUGGGAAAAUAUUCACUCUCUUGCCUAGAGUUAGAUGAGGGGACAGAUCCUUCUCUCAUGUUAUGAUAAAUGUGAAGCUGCAGCUGGUUAGCUUAGCUUAGCAUGAAGACUAGAAAUAGGAGGAAACAGUCCGCCUGGCUCUGUCUGAAAGUACCAAUACCCACCUAAAGCUCAGUAAUUAUUUACACCUUGUUUUUUAUUUGUUGAAUCUUUUAAAAGAAAACUAGGUGCAAAAAAAGCAGUUGCCAAGUAACUGGUUGCCAAGUAACCAGCAAGACUCAGAACUUCCCGGGAGGUCUUGGCCAAGAAAUAGUCACAGCCAGUGUUAAUGUCAUUGAUGAAAACCAUGAUGAAAAUUUUUCGUCACACUUUUUCCAUCAGGAAAACGAGACGACGACGUGCCAAAAAUAGAUCUUGAUAAUAAAAACUUAGAAGAAAUCUAUGCUUCAUUUUUGUGGACGAGACGUUACGAAAAUGUUUGUGGUCGACUACCUUACAUUGAAAGUCAAGACCAGCUGAGUUUGUUAUCUUCAAAUGCCGUAUGGGCAACAGGCUGGUAAACUCAGCCCCAGGAUGUUUUGCUCGUUAGCAAAAACACUGACACCAGAGCAGCAUCAGCCGUUGGUGCGAGUCGUGAGCUUUAAUUCAUCAGUAAAUAAUCAGCUGUAUGUGUCUGACUGUGGAUGGUGGAGCUGCUGAAUGGGCUUGUUGGGAGUUUGUCAGUUGCAGCGGUGCCUGCUAGCCGCUGAAUGGCAGCAGAGCAAGCAGCCACUGGCCACCAGACUUCACAGCUGAUCCCUGCAGGAUUCUGCUUAGUCUGGACUGUCUCAGGAAGGUUUAUGGUGAUGCUGUUUGACAGGCAGGUAGGAGGUUAUCUGAGUGUAGCUGUGCUGUAAGUUAAGUCUGAACUCAGAUCAGUUUUCUGAGAUGAAAGUUUAGUUUUAAUCACCAACUCUGUGAGAGGACACGAGAUUAAACCUCCAGACUAUCAUGUUAGAGAUUAAGAAAGAAUUCAGACUUUAAUUAUUUUUCAGCUUCUCUGAGAUUGAUAAGUCAGAGUUUACAAUGAAGCUGGGUACAAAAAUAAAAAGAACACGUAGAAAACAUAAUGACGAAAAUGUCAAGAAUUUUCGUCGACAAACUAUUAAGGAUAAAAAUUACUAAAAUGUGACUUAAACUUAAAAGCAUUUUCACCUCAAGACUAGGACUAAAUCUAAAAUAACUGUCAAAAUUAACGAUGCAUUUUUUUCCACUUUGUUUUUUGUACAAAUGACACAAAAAAGAUAUAACGUGCUUAUGAGUGAGCUUUACAGAUGCUGGUUCACUGUUUUUGGACAGAACUUGGCUAGCUGUUUUUGAUUUUUUUUUUUUUUUUUUAAUGCUAAGCUAAGCUAACAGGCUGCCAUAGCUCCAGUUCCAACUCGGCAAGAACUCAAAUCAGCUUAUUUUUUUCCUCAAAAUGUUGAACUAUCUCUUUAAAGAUGAAAGGUAAAAGUUGAUUGGUAGGAUCCCAAAAGAUAGCACAGAUGCAGAUGGAGGAAAAAAGAAUGUACAGAUGAUGUGAGCGGACACUUUUCUGUUAAAUGAGGAGUUGUGAAAUUCACCUACACUGCUAGUCAGACGGGCUGUUGCACCUGUAUGAUACAAACAUAAAGAAAGGUUUCAUUCUAAAAUUAAGCCAAAAAUAUUAACUUACUAUUUUAAUCACUACUUUUUAUGUCGAAUGUAAUUUUGGAAUGAAACCCUUCAGCAUCAGUAAGGACUUUGUACGAGACUUCACCACAAACACAGUAUUAUGUUGCACAACUACAAAUGAAAACACAGUAUUCACAGUAUUUCAGAAGCGACAGUGUUGUAAUCAUAUGUGCUUUCGAUGAUCAGCAGUCAGAUUACGACGCGUUGGCUGCAAUGUUUCCAUUGAAUUUCAGGUAAAUUGUUCCUUAGCACGACCUCUCAUCCAUCCCCACCACUCACACAUUCCUUCAUGGUGAAAGUAUAGCACAACUUUUUUCAUGUUGUUG